CAGAGGGGCGCUCGGGAGACUAACGCCGCUGUGCCCUGCUGGUCUCCUUCAUUCUUUUCCCUCUAUAUCGUGAUAGAGAUGCGUUUCACGGACUUAACAGAGAGAAUGACUCGCAGGUGAUUCGGGUGAGCGUUGUGUGUGUGCCAGAAACCUGCAGCAGUCCAGACAGGGGGAUUCUGGCCUUCAAAUAUCCCAGGCAGACUUGGUAUUAUGAUGUCCUCUCCGAGUCUUGUCAGCGAGAGUGUUACAAACGGCCAGAGGAAAAGGUUCUCGUCAGGUUCGCCGGAUUGUCCUCACCUGCAUAAGAAAAUCUGCCGACAGACGGACAUGAUGGAGAGUCAAAAGCUUGCUAAUUUCUCUGUGGCGCCCAAUGGGGUGAAUAAAUCUUCCGUGCUGGGCAAGAAGCAAGGCGCCGAGAAGAAGGUUUUGGCCAUCAAGAACUUCAAAGUUCACAAUCAGCCAGCUGUGGAUCACAUUGCUGAGUCGUGGCGGUUUUUAAGGGAGGCAGUCGUCGCCAUUCAGGAGUCGAGAAAGCUGCGGGACAAUCUCACUCAAGAAGACCUUUACCGCUAUGUUGACAACCUCAUCACCCAGCGGCCACCAGCACUGCUCUAUGCUGACCUUAGAGAUCUGACAGAGCAGCACAUUAAGUCACGGCUGAAUCAGUUCCUAAGUGCCACCAGUGACCGCCUAACGUUUUUACGCCAGUUGAAUGACUGCUGGACACACCACUGUCAUCAGAUGAAGAUGGUGUGCAAUAUCUUUCUAGCACUUGACAGAGGUUAUGUUUUGCAAAAUGCUCAGGUUUCUUCAAUAUGGGACAUGGGCCUAGAAUUGUUUCGAAAGCAUAUCUUAGAAGAAGUAGUUGUAGAAAAUCGGUGUGUUGAUGGUUUACUGAUGAUGAUUGAAAAGGAACGAUCAGGAGAAACCAUUGAUAGGUCUCUUGUCAAGUCCCUCCUUAGAAUGCUGUCUUCUCUACAAGUGUAUCAUAAGGUCUUUGAAAACAAAUUUUUGGUGGCAACUGAGCAACUUUAUCUCCGUGAAGGACAGCGUCUCACCCAAGACAGAGAUGUCCCUCAGUACCUCUUGCAUGUGGACAAGAGGCUGACGGAGGAGAACAACAGAGUACUCCAUUACCUAGAUAUGUCUACCAAACGACAGUUGAUAUACUGUGUGGAGAAGCAGCUGUUAAGUGAACAUAAAUCUCUCCUGCUCCAGAAGGGUUUAGAUUCCCUUUUAGAUCAGAACCGUCGCCACGACCUCUCUUUGUUGUAUAACCUCUUUUCACGCAUCAAGGGUGGCCUUGAAGACUUAUGCACUCAAUUUAAUGCUUAUAUUAAGUCAUAUGGUAAGACUAUUGUGAUCAACCCAGAGAAAGACAAGGGAAUGGUGCAAGAGCUGUUGGACUUCAAGGACAAGAUGGACGGCAUUGUUUCAGAAUGCUUCAGCUCCUCUGAUAAAUUUGUCCUUGCUCUCAAGGAAGCCUUUGAACAUUUUAUUAACCAGAGGUUGAACAAGCCAGCUGAACUAAUAGCCAAAUUUGUGGACAGCAAGUUAAGGGCAGGAAAUAAGGAAGCAACAGAGGAUGAGCUGGAGCGCCUUCUAGACAAGAUAAUGGUUCUGUUCAGGUUUAUCCACGGGAAGGACGUGUUUGAAGCCUUCUACAAAAAGGACUUGGCCAAGAGAUUACUGGUAGGAAAGUCUGCUAGUGUUGAUGCUGAAAAAAGUAUGCUGAGCAAACUGAAGCAGGAAUGUGGGCCUGGCUUUACUAGCAAAUUGGAAGGCAUGUUCAAAGACAUGGAGCUGUCUAAAGAUAUUAUGUUGGCCUUCAAGCAGAAUUCACACGUGAGCAGCACCCCGAUGGAGUUGAAUGUUAACAUAUUGACUAUGGGGUACUGGCCAAACUAUCCUGUAAUGGAAGUCAAUAUGCCUCCAGAAAUGGUGAAUUAUCAGCAAAUAUUCACCAAGUUUUACCUGGCCAAACACUGCAAUAGAAAGCUUCAGUGGCAACCAACACUUGGUCACUGUGUUCUGAAGGCAGCAUUUCCUCAUGGGCCAAAGGAGCUGCAGGUUUCCCUCUUCCAAGCUUUAGUGUUGUUGCUCUUCAAUAAAGCUGAUGUUCUCUCUCUAGCAGAGAUAUCAUCUGGCACAAAUAUUGAGGAUGGUGAGCUGCGACGCACUCUUCAGUCCCUGGCAUGUGGCAAGGCAAGGGUGCUGCAGAAAAGCCCCCGAAGCAAAGAUGUUCAUGAUGAGGACAAGUUUCACUACAACAAGGAAUUCACUAAUCAGCUCUUCCGUAUCAGAAUUAACCAGAUCCAGAUGAAGGAAACAAGUGAAGAGCAGCAACAAACAGAAGAAAGGGUGUUCCAGGACCGUCAGUAUCAAAUUGAUGCUGCAAUUGUCAGGAUCAUGAAGAUGAGAAAAGUCCUGCCACACAAUCUGUUAAUCACUGAACUGUUCAAUCAGUUGAAGUUUCCAGUUAAGCCUGCAGAUCUGAAGAAGAGAAUAGAAUCCCUCAUUGACCGAGACUACAUGGAGAGAGACAAGGACAACCCUAACACCUACAAUUACGUGGCAUAAGUCAUCCCACACGCUCUGCUGGUAUCCUUGUGAUAUUUCUCUAGCAGUAUUGAGAUUUGUUCUUGUUGGAGUUUACUGUGACCAUAGAAUUGAGAUUCUGCUGUGCUGUGCCCUACUGAAUGUGUGAGCUCCUUGAGGUGGCUGGUGAUCUCAAGUUCCCAUGAACAUGUGAUGGGCAGCCACCUUGUUGUUACUUGGGGCCACAGCAAGCAAGCCUUAGAACUUCACCUCCAAAAUAGAAAGUGGGAUGAUGUACUUUUUCUCUCUAAACAUGUGGAAUCCUUGCUUAAAAAGUGUUACAGGUUUACAUUUACUAAAUAUUCACUAUGAACCUAAAAAGCAUUUUCCAUGAAGUACAAUCCAAAAUUAAUUGAAAAACAAAAAAAUUUAAUUUGUCAUUGAAUGAAAUUCUGGUUCAUUAUUACAAAUUAAGAUCUUCAAAGAUUGUUUUCUUGAGGAAAAAUAUAUUACACCUGUGUCAUAAGUAGUUGCAAGUAACACACCUUGAGUCCUUCAAGUAGUGCAGUGUUGACAGGUUGACAGGGCAUUGCCAUUAUUCUCCAACUUUAUUAGUGGAUUGAAUUUGACCACUAAGUAAAAGAAGAGAUUUUGUUUACAAACUACAUUGGUUGAUGGCAAUGAUUAUCACCAGUUAGCACCAGGCUAUCCACUAGUAUUUUAGAUGCAUUGUUUGUUAACUCUGAGUUAAUUAUAUAUUUACCUGGGAGAAAAAAGUUAAAGUUACAUAGAAUUUAUAAUGUGGCUUUAAUUAAAUUUUCAUUUACUUUAAUAGAUAUUAAUUUUUAUAGAUAGUAAUACAUGUAUGUCUCAGACAUGUUUGAGUGGUGGAUGGCUGUGGUGCAUCCCUGAACUGGUGUCGCCACCAUGCCACCUACACAAUUGUAGCUGUUUCAUUUAUUGAUGAAUUCUCAUUAUGAGUAAACUUUGUCUUGAUGUUGAUUGAAAACAACAUUACAUUAUUAUUUUUUUGUGGUAUCAUCUUUAAUGUUUGAGAUUUUGACAUAGAACAGGAAACAACAAUGCAUUGUUACUAAUUUGUGGUAUUAUGAGGUAAUUCCUCUGCCACCAGCACAUCCCCCUUUAGUGUCACAGCUGGGUGCAAUAACAAAAAGCAAUUAUUGCAUUAAGUGAUAAAUUGAUAACAACUUUUUCGGCGAUGACUGAUAAUCGAUAACUGGCAUUAAGUUUAUCAUCUGAUAACCCAUCUGAUAAAUUGCUAAAUGCAAAAUUUUAUCUGAAACAUAAACGAUGUUUAUAUUUCAGAUAAAAGCAAUACAUCCAAAUCUUUAUUUUAAUCUUUGUUAGAAAACUUAGAAAAAUCUUAGAAAAAUUCAAAUUCAAUGUUUAUUCUGUCUCUUCACUAAUGAAAAGUACUGUUUUAAGUAAAAUAACUACAUUUGAUUUUGAAAGUUUAAAACUUUAACAUGCUUAUGUUCUAAAAUAAAAAAAUUAUCAGUUAUUGCUAGUGUGGAACCAAAGAUACUCGUAUCAGUGAUAUUAACGAAUCGAUAAUGCGGGAAAAAUAAUUAUUGGAUAACUGAUAACCCAGUAUCAUUAUCAUGGUAAAUUAUUGCAGUAAUGCCCACCUGUGAUUAGUGAUGAGCAUCAAGUGGUACACGCAUGCUCAUCCACUGUAAAGGUGCACUACUUGGAACUCAGAUGUGUGUAUUUGCUGCCAUAAUAAUGAUUUAUUCACAACAUUCAUGAAUAAAGUCACCAAUAUCAAGACAGUGGUCCCAUUUUAUUACUUUAUUACUGUUUCAAUUCAUUGUAGUGGCAGUGAAUAAAAUGUGAGUAGCUAGAGCAAACUGUGGAAGGAAGGUAACACAAAUAUGAAGUGAUUGGUGCAUAUACGUAUAUAUGAAAUAUACAUAGUUAUUGUGACAUAUGCAUGGUUUUGUAUAAAUUUUUAUUGUAAAUAUUGAAAUUCAAAGAAUGGUUCACAAUAUGACCAGUGGACAUAUGUAUUAUAAAUUACAUCUGUGGAAGAAUUGAACCACUGCACCGUGUUGCAGUAGUGAUGUAUAAACUUUAAAGCAAAAUUACUAUACAGUC